AUGAAUCCUCUAACAAACGUGAAGAAUACCCAAAAACUCAAUCAACGGGAACUUGAGUUGGGUCUAAUAGGCAAAAAGUCCUGGCAUGACCAAUACAAGGAUAGUGCCUGGAUUUUUGUUGGUGGCUUGCCUUAUGACCUAACAGAAGGAGACAUCAUUUGUGUAUUUUCACAAUACGGAGAAAUAGUGAACAUUAAUUUGACAAGAGACAAAAAGACUGGUAAAUCUCUGGGUUAUGCUUUUGUCUGCUACGAAGAUCAAAGAAGCACUGUUCUGGCAGUGGAUAAUCUUAAUGGAAUCAAGAUUUUAAACCGUACAAUCAGGGUUGAUCAUGCAGCCAACUAUCGACCUCCCAAGGAAACAGGUGAUGAAGAUGAAAUAGUGAAGGAACUUCGGGCUGAAGGGUGUGCUCCUCAAGUACCAGAAUCUUCAUCUUCAGAAGAAGGGGAAGUUAAAGAUUCCCCACCUUCUCCACCAAAAAAACUCAAGAAGGAAAAACUUGAGAAAAAGAUGAAAAGAAGAAAACCUAAAAAGCGCAAAAAGAAGAAAGACUCUCGAAAAGGUGGUUCCUCGUCUUCAUCCUCUUCCUCUAGCAGUGACUCUGACUCCUCCAGCCCUGGACGUCGUGGGUCCACAGAUACAGACCUACCCUCCAGACUGAAGGAAGAACCCUCAACCUAUGACAAGUAUUCCCAGCAUGUGCCUUCUUCCCGUCGUCCCACCAACUCCUCCUCUUCCUCUUCGACUCUAGAUCUUGCAGGCUCCAAGAGAAAAUACAAUGACAUCAGUGAAAAGUAUGAGGCCAAACUCCGUCAACCUGUCCUGCCAUCUUCCUACCCAGAGCCAAGUAAUCGUGUUCGUUCAGUAGAAGAGCGUUUUGAUGCCAGAAGAGAAUAUAGCCGAAACAACACUAAUCGUCCAGGCACGGCUCGCGGUGCAAGGUUUGCAGAAGGUGGACGACGCUCUCCUUACACAGACCGGCCACGAUCUCCUCCCAGGGGAAAGGCAGAAUAUAGAGACUAUGAUCAGCCAGCAUUCAGGGAAGAUUUGAGGGACCCCAACAGGGGUUCGCGCUUCCCAGCCAGGGAAGAAAAUUAUCGUGGAAGAGAGAAUGCAUACAUUCGGCGAGAAACUGGAUAUCACGCACGUGAAGGUGCUUAUGUCUCCAGGGAUGGUGGUACUGGCUAUCCGCCUAGAGAGAACCUCUAUCCUCCUAGAGAAGGGACUGGUCUGCUCAGAGAUCCAAUCUAUCCACCCAGAGAUCCUUCAUAUGCACAGAGAGAACCUGCCUAUUCUCAGCGUGAUACUGGCUAUCCGCCUCGUGGUGGUGGGUAUUUGCCACGAGAUGACUCUCACACCAGCAGGAACCACAGACACUUACGAGAAGAAGAGUAUGUACAGCGGGACACAAGAUACCAACAACGGGACUCUGGUUACACUCAAAGAGAAACUCCUGCUUACAGGCAGAGGGAACCACCAUACACUGAAAGAGAUCGAACAUACACACAGAGAGAGCGCACCUACCCUGAAAGAAAUCGUGGCUAUCCAGACAAAAAUCGCACCUUUUCUGAAGGAGCAAACCUUGAACGUACCAGGGGAGGGGCUGAAGACUACCGCAGGGAGAGAACCUUCCGGGCUAGCGAUGAAAACCGGGAUCGGAAUUAUAACCGGAAACCUGAUUUUGAGCGAGAAAGGAGGCGCAAUGACAGAAAUUAUGAUCGAAGAGAACGAUAG